AUGAGACCAGAAGCGGACCCCGCUUGCCCUCCCGUGGCACUGGGCAUGGCGGACUGCGCUGUUUUUGUGUCUCCCCAAGGCGGCGUGUCGCUUGCCAGAAGCACCAGCAGUGGCAGCGCGCCGACUGGGCCUCACCAGCCUCUGCUGCACCUUACUGGGGACGUGUCUUGCUACAGAGAGGGGACACUGCAUCGCCUGAUUGCUGCGAGAAACAUCCCGGGUGUCCGCCAGUGGCUGAGCAAUCCGUUCUGCCGAGAUACAAUCAACGACUUCAACCAUGCAGGUGAAACGCCCCUUCACGUGGCGCUGCAUGUCUGCGAGCCGCGUAUACUGUCGCUGCUCCUCAACCCGCCUCCCGUUCAGAUGCCGCCGCAGUGCCUCUUGGCCUGCAGCAGCAGCAGCAGCGGCGGAGGAGGAGAGUGCGUGGGUGUAGCGCCGAGCGGGGAGGGAACUUCUGCCCACGGGGAGUGGGCUACUGAUGCAGCGAAUGCAGCAGCAGCAGCAGCAGCAGCAACUGUGGACUUCUCUCUCCCGCUUGACGAUAUCCCAGCCCUCCACAUUCUUGUUGGCAGGUCCUCCUUUGCUCACGUGCGGGCAGACGCUGCAGAGUGUCUGCGGCGGCUGCUGCAUCACGUGGGGCUGCUGCACAUGACCACUGGAGGCUCGCGUGUAUGCAGCAGAUGCACCUUCACAGCAACAAGCAGCAGGGGCAGAAGCAUCAGCAGUGGCAACUGCCCUCCUAGGGUUGAGUGCGGUCUCCAGGAACUGGACUUGGAUGCCACUGACGGGAGCGGGAAGACGGCCUUGCACGUUGCUGCUGCAGGAGGAGGGGCUGCUGCAGUCGAGCUGCUGCUGCACGCAGGAGCGGACCCGCUUAUUGCGGACAAGAGGGGCCUUCUGCCGCUGCAUGUGGCUGUCGACAGCCGCUCUGUUGGAUGUCUGCUGCUGCUGCUGGCGCACACUUUCCCGGAAGAUUGCUUCUACUGGUGUGACAAGCUGGAGCAGCAGCAGCAGGACCGGUUGGUAGUCGGCAGCGCAGCUGAGGCAGCAUCCGUGGGGGGAUGUCCUGAUGCCAGGGCACCAAAGAAGGUUGUGCUGCAGCGGGCUGAACGGAGGCCCUUGGUGCAUUGUGCGACCAGCAGCAGUUUGGUGUACCGCAUAGCACGCCGGUGCGUGCGGCGCUGCUCUUUCCGCUGCCUGGCCGCGCUGUUAUCUUACCCCUUAGUUGCUGCCUGCAGCAACAGGAGCGAGCCGUCAGCGGAGGCUCCUGAAUCGGUUAUGGCUCUGCAGCUGCUGCACGCGCAGCAGUUGCAGGAACUCGUCAGCCUCGCCCGCCGUAGUGGCUGCCUUCAGUUGUUUCUCUCAACUCUCUCUGAGUUGGUGGACGCUGAACCGUCUCACUCCGUCGCCGAGGCAGUUAUCGCAGAGGCCACAGGGGGCCGGGGGCCCUUGCAGGGUCCCAUUGCGUACGUACAGCAGCGUUGCAGUCGCAGUGGCCGGUGCUACCGCGUUCCGGAGGCUGCUGGGACCCUCUUGGCUACCCACGAGAGCUGCAUGCAUCACUUGCCUUUGCCCGAGCCAUCAGACUUCCCGGUUAAGAGGUUCAAGCUGAUGCAGAGGUUCCCGGAGAACCCAAGCAGGCUUGAGGUGCUGGUGCAUCCGUCCUCUGGGGUUCUGAAGGCUGCGGAGUUUCGUCACCUGGAUUGGAUUGAUAACGCGGCUCCAGCCUCCUUGGCAGACAUUCUUCGGGUUCACGAUGUUAGCUAUAUAUUCAAGCUUAAGCAGAAAAUCCGCAGCACCUUUGGUACGCGGUCAGUGAAUAAGUCGUUCUCCGGCAGCAGCAGUAGCAGCAGUUAUGGUGGGCCGAGUCCCGUGGAUCAGUUUGCCUACUCAUUUGCUGACGGAGACACUCCUGUGACAGCGCUCAGCUGGGAAGCAGCAACUAGUGCGGCCGGCACUGUUAUUGCUGCAGUAGAUGCCGUUUGCACUGGCGCCAAAGUGAACGCCUUCUGUGCGGUGCGGCCCCCAGGCCACCACUUGGGAAGCUGGGGAGCAGCGCAGACGGCCCCUUACGCCCUUACCGACGAGGAUAUCGCCGCUGGGAGUCAGGGUUUUUGCGUGCUAAAUAAUGUGGCAAUUGGGGCUGCGUACGCUCGCUACAAUUACGCACAUAAAGGUAUCCGGCGCAUUGCUAUUGUCGAUUUCGAUGCUCAUCAUGGAAACGGCACUGAACAAAUCAUGCGCAAUGUCGGCCUUAAAUUCAGAAAGCUGCAGGGGUUAUCAGCGUUGCUGGCUGAUGGAAGCUCGCCCGCGGCAGGACAGCGCACGCAUCGGGAGGCACCCUGGGGACCUCCAUCAGAUUCAUGGGAAGCGGAGGGGGCUCGAGCGCCGCCAGAGGACGGUGCAGCUCUCCAGGACGUUCCUGUUCAGCUCCCCAUGUGGUUAGGAUGGCGCGACGAGAACGACUCAGAGGAGUUGUUCUUUGCAUCUAUACAUGCGUUCGACGGCAACUUCUACCCGGGUACGGGCGCGGAUUGUGAGGAUUUUGGCGGCCCCACUAUCCUGAACGUAACGAUGCCUGUGCAUGGGGCUUGCUCGACGCCUGUGGAGGGAUCAGAAGGAGAUCCGUGCUGCCGGUGCGAGCGUUGCAGCGAACAAAGUUGCAUUGGGCCGAAACCCCGUGGUGCUCAUCUGGGUACUGCAGCGGCAGAUGCUACCUGUGCUUCUGGGGAUGAGGGUGGCUAUCGGUGCCACUACUGCCGGCGACCUGGUUUGUCACCACGCUCCAUCCGCAGUCGCUUGCUAUUCAAGCAUCGCGUUUUGAGUCGCUUGGAGGCAUUUAGGCCCGACUUGAUAUUUCUGAGUGCGGGCUUUGACGGACACAUCAAAGACCCUAUUGGGGGUGAAGCCGUGGGGUGGACUGAGGAUGACUUCCACUGGCUUACCAUGCAGGUGCAGCGAGUGGCGCACCGGCACUGUAGAGGCCGCUGCAUCAGCGUACUGGAAGGUGGCUACAACGUGAGGGGUGGGUCUAUUUCCCCGCUGGCUCUCUGCGUGCGUGAACAUGUGAGGGCCCUCGUCAAGGCGGCUCACAUGCAGCAAGAGAUUGACGCCCACAUGCAAGCGCAGCAGGCUCAUGCAGCAGCUGCAGAAGCUCACAGUCAGGUGCAUGCGAAGACUGUAGCAGGCGUUCAUCAGGAGGCCAGACGGUUAGCAGCGGGAGGUCUACAGAGUGUCGCUGGUAGCACCGGGGAGGAGCCGCAUCAGGAGGGACGUGUCACUCCCACACCCCAUCCGGAGGGUAGCGACCAGCUGGACCAGGAGGGCCCUUGGGCAGAACCGGACCUGUCAGACUACGGGAGCGACAGUGGCUUUUCGAGCUCAGAAGAUGAGACAGAUGCGUUCUUAGAGGAAUGUGAAGCACCAGAUCGUGAGAGCGCAGUUACAGAAGAGGAAGCGGGGGAAAGCGGGCCUCCAGCAGCUCCAGUAGCACCAGGGAACCCAUACGUCGCAACGUCGAGCCAACCUCCUUUCUGUGCGGGCGUUACUUCCCAGGGGCACACGGUGCAGCCAGCUGCCGUGCCUUUCAUUGCCUCUUUUGAGGACGUUCCCCAGCAUAGUUUUGGUCCCACUGUGGGGGCAGCCACCACGUAUGUGCACCCGCCGGUGCCUGGGGACCCUUGUUGUAAAGAGCACGUGGUGAGGACCGUACUCCAGCCCACAGUAGCAGCAGCAGCAGCUGGGGCGGGGCAAUGGGUCGGCCAUGAAGACCAGCGCGUUUUUCACACUAUUCAAGAAGGAAUAACGAGCCCUUCAGCGAUCUCCUCGCUCUCUGAUGACACUGCAGCGGCCUGCAGCGGCCCUGACGCUGCUACCGGAACGGCCGCAGCUGCGCAACCAGCAGGAGGCUUUCUUGUGGGGGCUCCGUGUCUCACUGGCUCUGUGGUUCCGGCCGCAGCUACAGGGCCGCCCCCUUUGCCGCAUCAGCAACCCAGCACUGUGUUGGCGACCUCCACAAGUGCCAGCGAUGCUGAGGCAUCGCCGCGUGUGGAGGAGCACGUAGCAGCAGAAGUGGGGGAGCCGUACAGCAAAGCCCAGAGGUUGCAGUUUCUCUGUGGGUUUCCAGGAUAG